AUGAUUUGCUUGUGGUUCCUAUCUCUUCUUGCUUAUGGACUUACAGUACUGCAGGGGGUGAAUUGUUGGACAUACCAUUAUUCAGACACGAACAUGACCUACAAGGAAGCAGAGCUGUGGUGCAAAAAGAGGUAUACUAACAUGGUUGCCAUUCAGAAUAAGGAGGAAAUCAACUAUCUCAAUGACUUCUUACCCUUCAAUCCGGGUUACUACUGGAUUGGAAUCAGAAAAAUUAAUGACGUAUGGACCUGGAUUGGAACUAACAAAGAACUGACAGAAGAGGCAAAAAACUGGGCUUCAGGUGAGCCAAAUGGCAAAGGGAACAACGAGGACUGCGUUGAAAUCUACAUCAAAAGAGGGAAGGAUGAUGGCAAAUGGAAUGAUGAACAGUGUGAGAAAAAGAAGGUCGCCUUGUGCUACACAGCUUCUUGCAACCAAUCUCUCUGCAGUGGCCGUGGAGAAUGCAUAGAGACUAUUAACAAUCACACCUGCCGUUGUAACCCUGGAUUUCAUGGGCCCGAAUGCGAGUUUGUUAAGAGCUGUGAUCCACUAGAGAAACCUGAUCAUGGGAGCCUCGAGUGCAACCACCCAUUGCAGAACUUCAGCUACAACUCAUCCUGCACAGUUCAGUGUGAGGAAGGCUAUGAACUGACUGCGCUGGAAUCUGUAUACUGUACCUCUUCUGGGGUCUGGUCUGCGCCCCUUGCGACAUGCAAAGCUGUGACCUGUCCUGCCUUAGAAAUGCCUGCUCAUGGUGCUGUGAACUGCUCUGAUCCCUCUGUGGAGCUCACCUGGGGUGCCACCUGUGAGUUCACCUGUGAGGAAGGAUUUGUCCUGACAGGACCAGCCACACUGCAGUGUGGGUCUUCUGGGGCCUGGGACAAGCAGCAGCCAUCCUGUGCAGCUGUGAGGUGUGAGGCUGUAACCUGGCCAGAAGAAGGCUUUGUGACCUGUGACCACGCUCCUGCAGAUCUCACCUAUGGCUCGCGUUGUGAUUUCCGCUGCAGCAGGGGCUAUGUUCUGGACGGCCCAUCCAGCAUUGAGUGCAUGGCACAGGGACAGUGGUCAGAGCCAGUGCCAAAAUGCAAAG